AGGACUGACAGCUCGUUCCCUGGUUCCCUCCCUCCCGGUGUAGCCGCUAGCUCGGUCGGUGCACUACCUGCUGUUUGAAUGGUUCAGCGGCGAAACGCAAAGCACGACUGCGAUGCGAGUACUAUAAAAGGAACCGAGUUACGCUUCACGUAAAAAGAAACAGAAGCCACACCGGAACAAGGUGAGAGGCUGAGCGAGCGAGGGCGCGAGUAAGAGAAGGAACGAGAGAGAGAGAGAGAGAGAGAGAGAGAGAGGGGCCAUGGAGCAGCAGAGACAGAGAUCUCUCUCCACAUCAGGAGAAUCACUGUACGUCGUGCUGGGAGUCGACAAGAGCGCCACGACAGAGGAUAUCAAGAAAUGUUACAGGAAACUGGCAUUGAAGUUUCACCCAGACAAGAACCCGGAUAACCCGGACGCGGCUGAGAAGUUCAAGGAAAUCAACAACGCCCACUCCAUCCUGAGCGACGCCACCAAGAAGAACAUCUACGACAAAUACGGCUCGCUGGGGCUCUACGUCGCGGAGCAGUUCGGGGAGGAGAACGUCAACACCUACUUUGUUCUGUCCAGCUGGUGGGCCAAGGCCCUGUUCGUCUUCUGCUGCCUGUCCACAGGCUGUUAUUGUUGCUGUUGCCUGUGCUGCUGCUGUAACUGUUGCUGCGGUAAAUGUAAACCGCGGCCGCCCAUGGACCAGGAGCCCGAGUUCUACGUCUCCCCCGAGGACCUGGAAGCCCAGAUGACUGCCGACGAGAGAGAUGGCAGUGAGCCCAUCGUGAUGCAGCCAUCCUCAGCCACAGAGACCACCCAGCUCACGUCUGAUGCCCACCAAAGCUACAGGACCGACGCAUACUAGACACACACACACACACACACACACACACACACGCACACACACAGCUUACACCUUCCGGUAACCACAGCUACAGUAUCAACCAAUGAUACCACACACACACACACACACACGCACCAGCAAAUACUACAUACAAUCACUGACAGUCAGUCAGCCAGCCCACACCUUGACCUUUAAUUCCCGUUCAUUUCUAAUUAAUGUGAAGUGAGGGGAGGAGGAGGAGGAGGAGAACUGAAGCAGGACAAAUAAACACAAAACUAAAAA